AUGGAGGGAUCUCAGUGCUUGAUGUGGAUGAAGAGAAAACAAAUCCUGAAGUCACACCUUGAAGUACCAGUUGGAGAUGGCAACAAUUACUCAUGGGAAGAAAGGGCUUUUGCAGAAGACGCGGCUAGGAUACUUGGUGGUAGCAUAUGGCCUCCAAGAUCUUACUCUUGUAAUUUCUGUAAAAGAGAGUUUAGGUCUGCUCAAGCUCUUGGAGGUCACAUGAAUGUUCACAGAAGGGACAGGGCUAGGCUCAAACAAAAUCUUAGCCCUCAUAAUGAAUCCCUUGAUCAUCAUCAUCAUCAUCAUCACAAAGAUGAUCAUUUGCUCAAGUCAUUUGGUAAUCAUUUCUCUUCCCAGGUAGAUUGUCAUCUUAAUCCUUAUUCUAGCCCUAAAAUAGGGUCUCCUAAUUCACAAACAGAAGGGGUGGUCAAUGCAAGAAAAGACAAUUUUAUUGGCUUGGGUUGUAAUAAUUAUGUUGAGACAAGUUUGUCUGUGGGACUGACUUCCAUGUUUGGCCAAAAAUCACCAACCGUUCCUUGUGGGGAUGAAGACAUCAACAGUUGUAAAAGACUAAAGACUAGCAUUUCUUCACUGCCCAUCUUCCUGAAGCCAUGUUCAAAUGAUCGACACUUGGCUUUCCAAUCUGCAGAAAUUGUACUUGGACUUAAUCCUGUAAUGGAAGAUUUAGAUCUUGAACUCAGGCUAGGGAAACAACAGAAAGUUAAGUAG